AUGGGGCACAAAAACACGAAAUUGAGUAAAAAAAAUGUCAAGAAAAUCAUGAGAGAGACAAGAUUUACGAAAAAAGAAGUUCUGGACUGGUACCGGUGUUUUUUACUCGAUUGUCCGACUGGGAAGCUAUCCCGCUCGGAGCUUGUAAAGAUAUACGAUGCGCUUUUUCCCAACGGAGACCAUUCAACCUUUACUGAGGCUGUUUUCCGUGCCUGCGAUAUUAACAACGACGAGCAUAUUUGCUUCUACGAGUUCAUCACAACUAUGUCCGUUAUGGCAAGAGGCACUCUGAACGAACGGCUUCAGUGGGUCUGUCAAAUUUUCGACACCGAUUGCGACGGAACAAUAAGCAGAGAUGAGCUUGAAGAGCUGAUUUUCACAAUCGUAGCAAUCACAGGAGGAAAAGUCUGCCGCGAGACGGCCUGCGAGAGAGCCGAAGCAAUUUGGAUAAAAAGGGCUGACGACGAAAUUGAUGGAAUUCCAGUUACUGUUCUCACAAAAAUCAUUAUGUCUGCUCGCAAAACUCUUAUUCAAUCCGAGUGA